AUGAUCAAGAAAUACUGGGUGAUGGCAGAAACUAGUAGCCCUCAAUUCGUGAUUGUACGUUCUGUGACCUGUUCGACUUCUAGCGUCAUUUGUCUGGUGAUUGCUUUCAUUUUCGCAGAAGCUCAUGCUCACACGGCCUCAAAACAUAAAACAUUCAUUGAAACAGCUUCUAGCUAUGCUUGGUCGACGACUUGGAUAGUAAUUGCACAAUCUGCUGGAGUGAUUGUAGGUACAAUUGCCCCUGCAUUCAGAUGGUUGACUGCAGUAAAUUUCGCUUACUCUGCGAAAGGCCUGAUGAGCUUUAAGACUGCAUUCAAAAUCGAAAGUUACUGGACACAGAGGUUGGUGGAGUGGAAGGAAAGCUCUUUGCCAUUGGAAAUUAGAGACAGGAAGUGGAGAAAAGUUCUUCAUGGUGCAAAAGGACUAGUUCUGAGUUUUGUUAUUAAAGUUCAGAUCUUGAUUGUUUUACACAGCAAAUUAGUCCAACUUAUCUCUGUAUUUUUCGUGAGUCGAAUCAUCUUGUGUUUCCAAUGCAUCAAAAGGUUGAAGAAUAAAUCCACAUCUAGCACAUCCUAUAUUCAUGGGUUUUCAGAAUCGGAAUCAGAAGUUAAUACAGAACAGGAUCUUACCCGUUAUGUUCUGCUACUAGAAGGUGAAGUCGAGCAGCCUCCAAAGACUCUUAAAAACAUCUGCAACAAGGUUGAUAAAGUGAUCGAGACAGGCAAAAAUCAGCAACCGAAGAACCUGAAAAGCCUUCUACUUAAAAUUGAAAACUUCAGCAGCUUGACAGGAAUUUAUGAUGAUCAAGUACCCAGUCUGCAUUCUCAGGAACCUCCUAAUUGCUGCUCUUUACAUCUGGUGACCUUGACAAGUAUUGCAAUAGCACUUCCAAAAGUUCCAGUAGACAGUACUAAGUGGUUACUUACGAGUGUUAAUGAAGGCAUGUUCUAUCAGAUGUCGUGUGGGUAG